AGCAGAACUAAACUCUGACAUCAGGAGCCAUGAGGAAAGCACAGGAGAACUUAAGGGUGUUUUAUUUUGCCAGCGACUGUGUGGAGCCGUAUGUAGAGGUGAGAGGACUCCAUGUGCUGUAAUUAUGAAUCAAAGACAGGAAGAGGGAAGAUCUUAAACAGAGUUUCUCACCAGUUUGUUGCAUCUUGUGUCCUGUUCCAGAUCAUAACGGUGAAGGACUCCAAGUGCCACCUGAGUUUUUGUAGCUCAGUGGAAUCUGAAGAAGAGGAGAACGAGGAAUACCAGGAGGAGAAUGAAGACUUCCCCAUCUUCAGUGAUCAGAGUCAGCUGCUGGAUGAAUACCAGCUGCAAAAACUCGCUGCUCACAUGCCGGCACGGACUCAAGGAUAUCCGUGGAAUCUGGUCUACAGCACAGCCAUCCAUGGGAGCAGCCUGAAGACGCUUUACAGAAACAUGGCUGACCUGGACAGCCCUGUGCUGCUGGUCAUCAGAGACAUGCACAACAAGGUGUUUGGAGCUUUUUCCUCUGAUCCCUUCAAAGUCAGUCAGUAUUGUUACGGCACCGGAGAGACCUUCCUGUUCACCUUUCAGCCGGACUUCCAGCAUUACAGGUGGAGCGGAGAGAACUCCUACUUUGUGAGCGGCAACAUGGAAUCUCUGCACAUCGGUGGAGGAGGGGGCGGCUUUGCCCUGUGGCUGGAUGCUGAUCUGUACCAUGGAGCCAGCUUUUCCUGUCCUACUUUUAAUAAUCCGCCUCUUUCCACACAUCAAGACUUUAUCGUACAAGACGUAGAGGUGUGGACUGUCUGGGGCUGAACCCUAAAAGGCUGAAUGGAUGGAUGGAUACAUCAUUGCAUCAGGAACAUGAAUUGUCUAAU